AUGUUAAUUUGCCAUUGCUCCAAUUUUGGCAUAGCCCAAUCUUCAACAAUAGGAGCAAAUGAUUGUACGUUGGCAGUAUCAACUGUCAGUCGAUCAAUCCCCUUAAACUCAUUCGAACUAUUAUUUUGCGUUGGUGAUAGACGACUACUCCCAACCAUGGCGGCCACAAUGCCUAGCAUGGCAUAUACGCCGCACCCUACCAAAAUGAUGAAGGCAGCGCAGUGGAUGGGUACCCGCCACGUCGAAGUGGGAGUCGUACCCAAGCCGAAGAUUACAGACCCCAGCGACGCCAUAGUCCAAAUCACGCACUGCACGAUCUCCGGUUCCGACAUCCAUUUAUACGAGGGCCAGCUCAAAGACGCAAUGGAAAAAGGCGACAUCCUCGGCCAAGAAGCCAUCGGAAUGAUAGAAGAAGUCGGGCCGGAGGUCAAAACCCUCAAAGUAGGUGACCGGGUCAUCAUCCUACCCGUCAUCUCAUGCGGUACCUGCGAGUAUUGCCAGCGACAGCAGUAUUCCCUCUGCGACAACACAAACACAUCCAAGGAAAUGGAAGCCGCGUAUGGCCACCGAGUCGGCGGCAAGCUGGGCUACAGCCGGCUCUGUGGUGGGUAUCCAGGUGACCAGGCGGAGUACUGCCGCGUGCCGCAUGCAGACCUAUCGUGUGUCAGGGCGCCAGAGUUUAUCGAUGCGCGGAAAUUGCUGGGUUUGCCAAACGUCGUGACCACCGCUUGGCAUGCGCUGGAGUUGGCUGAGGUGCAGGAGGGAGAUGUGCUGGGUGUUUGGGGUUGUGGGCCUAUUGGUCUCGCCACGCAGCGACUGGCGAAGCUUCGUGGCGCGAAGAAAGUCUUUGCCAUGGAUAAGGAUGCUCAGCGAUUGCGGAUUGCGGAGGACUUUGGCAUGACUCCUGUUGAUGUGGAUAGUCAUCCGGAUGUGGCUGAGUACAUCCUGUCGAUUCAGGAUCACGGCCUUGAUCGGUCUAUUGAGGCUAGUGGGUACCGUUGUUGCGGGAAAGAGCAGUAUCCAGCUAUGCAGGCGAUUGGGAUGGAGAAGGAUAGUAGUGAUACAUUGGCGGCAAUCAUCAAGGCAACCCGUAAGGGUGGUAAUGUGGCAUUGGUUGGGGAUUUCUUCUUCACGACGCGUGAUUUCCCGAUUGGGCCCAUGAUGCAGAAAGCGCUGACAGUCCGCGGGGGUCAAACGUGGCCCCAAAAGUAUUUUCCGUUCUUAAUGGAUCUGGUGGUGCAAGGCAAAGUGGAUACGGCAUGGAUGUUCACGUAUGUGGACGAAUUCGAGAACAUCGCGGAGAUGUACAAGAAGUUCUCGCAGCAUGAGAUCCCAGGCAAACUGAAAGUGUGUUUAGUGACGGCUUAUGGACGCAGCCUACAAAUGCAAGGCUAUAGCGACCUGCCAGUCACGGAGGUUGGGAUCUGA